AUGCUGCUAGCCCCGCCCCUCGUUCUCAUCAAUUUCCACCUUCUCAACGGGAUAACAUUUUACUUGUUAGAUCCAGCCAGUCGCCCAGUCAGAUUUUAGCCAUCAGUCGCAGAAAUAAUCGAAAAAUACAAUUCCAACCUGUUAUAAUUUUACAUUUGGCUGCCCACAAGGGGGAUUGUGCUCAAUGUGAGACAUCCAAACUGGCUCCGCAGCCCUUUCUGUGCACAAUGGGGAUUUAACGGAGAAAAAAACAGCAACGAUUACUUCUGUUCUGCCGUGACAAUUGAACGCACCAUGCAGCAUCCGAGGGCAUGGCGAGCUGUGCUGUUCCUCACCAUCAUGUUACACACGGGGCUGUCAGACAGAUACGGUUGCCUGUUUGAGAGAAAACUGUGCUCCAGGGAUCAAUUUUGCUCAGAUGAUGGCCUGUUUGGUCAGUGUCGCAGUUCUAAGCAGGACCGGGUCCAGUUCCAAGUGACAGUUCCUGUCCUGAAGAGAAUGCAGGAAGUCCUUAAACAGCUUAUGCUGCAGGGUCUAUCCUGGCAGGAUGACAUCACACAGUAUAUUUUAUCAAAGGAACUGAAAAGAGUUCCUCACAUCACCCAGUCAUCCAAACCAAACUCUUCUUCGCAUGCUCAGUCCAAACAGCAUGUCUCCAAAUCAGGAUCUGCAGCACCUGCUGGCAACUAUGCGGACUACAUGAUUGUUGAGCCUCCUCGGUCACCAAUACAAAUGCAGGGAGUCUCCAUCAACCCUUAUACAUACCAGCAGCACAGGCACCAAGAUGAAGCGGCGAGAUCUCUUAUGAGGGGAGGAGAUAGCUAUGCCCGCCCCGGCACAUGGUCGCAGGCCAAUCAGAAAGAGCGAGAGCGAGACAGGCAACUCCUUCAGCAGGCAUUGUCCGUCUAUUUGGCUUCUGCACCAUCCUCUUACCGCCACCGUGGGCCAAGCUCCUUGGCUUCUGCAGGCCUGCCUUAUUAUGAUGACUUUCAAAUGGAGUUACCACUGGACUAUGCAGAAGAUUAUACCCUAGAGGAGAGACUUGGAUCUACAAACAGGCAACCACCGCUCCAAAAUAAGGUUUCUCAGGUUUACAACACCCAGUCUGGAAACAAUGAUGGCUUGCUGCAAAAAAUGUCUGGCGUCCUACAGAGGUACGGAGUCGACCCUAAAGAGCUCAGCCAGGAGCAGCUCUACAAAUUAGCCCUCAUACUGCAACUUCUACAAGCCCAAGACAAGACACACGAUCCAAACGAGAAGGACUUGGUCACUCUCAAGGAGAUUGAACUGUUAAAAACAGACACCAUGCCUAGGAAGACAGAUAAGCUUGCUUCUGUCCCGAUUGCACCUGAUGCCCCUGAAGCCCCACAACCUGUGUCAGCUGUAACCACACCUAGGACGAAGAGCACAGGGGCCCCUCCGUCAACCUCCCAAGCCCGAUCGGUUGCUCCUGAAGAAGGAGCAAGUUUGGAGAAGGAAGGAAUACCACAAAUUGAGGCCACAGGUGCCAAAGAGGAGUAUGGCUACAUUGUCACCAACCAGAGCCCUCUAAGUUGGUAUGAUGCUGUGAAGCUUCUGGAGCUCCUGGCUGAGAAAAUCCACCUGACAAUCAGAAGCUUCAUGAAUAUAAGCGUGGUGGGACCAGCAGUGACAUUUCGGAUCCGCCAGAACGAGCACAAUAUGACAGCUGCAGAGGUGGCAGCGAAAGCCGUGUCUGAAAAGAACUUUUUGGAGUCGGAGACAACCCUGAAGAUUGUACAGACUGGUGUGGGAGAGAGGACAAAUGCACAGGGUCUCCCUCAGGUAACCAGGGUUUCCCAGGGGUCCAGUGGGACGGUCAUCACACUAGUUUCCAUGGCUGUGGUAGGGGGUGUGUUGAUGCUGGCUGUGGCCAUCGCUUGCCUCAGACACUACGCUCACCAAGUGGCCAAUGGCAAACUUGGUCUGGGGCCAGAGGGAGGAGCCGAAACACACUUUGAUUAUCAGGAGUUAUGUCGACAGCACAUGGCAUCCAAAUCAUCUCUGUGCCGCCAGGACUGUGCGGGUGCUGCGAGCAGUGGCAUGGCAGGUUCCGCCACGAGUGCCGGCGGGCGACGGGGAACGGAUACAUCGCGCGUGAGCAGCGUUUCCUCCCAAUUCAGCGAUGGACCACAGCAUAGCCCGUCCUCCACCCACAGUUCCACUCCAUCCUGGAGUGAGGAGCCCGCCCAGUCAAAUAUGGACAUCUCCACCGGUCACAUGAUUCUGUCCUAUAUGGAGGACCACCUUCGUAACAAGGAUCGCCUUCAGAAGGAGUGGGAGGCGCUUUGCUCCUACCAGGCUGACCCCAGUUCAGUGGCUGCGGCUCAAACUCCCAGCAACAUGGCCAAAAACAGACAAGCAGAAUCACUCCCAUACGACCACUCACGUGUGAAGCUGAAAAGGGAGCUGAACCCCAGAAAACAAGAUUACAUCAAUGCCAGCUUCAUCUUUGAUCAUGACCCGCGUCAGCCAGCGUAUAUCGCCACUCAGGGACCUCUGCCUCACACAGUGGCUGAUUUUUGGCAGAUGGUUUGGGAGAAUGGUUGCACGGUGAUCGUGAUGAUGUCCGCUCUGGCGGAGGAUGGACAGAAACAGAGCGAAAGAUAUUGGCCUGAUGAGGGUUCGUCACUCUACCACAUCUAUGAGGUAAACCUGGUGUCAGAGCAUAUCUGGUGCAAGGACUUCCUGGUGCGUAGCUUCUACUUAAAGAAUGUCCAGACACAAGAGACGAGAACCUUAACGCAGUUUCACCUCCUGAGCUGGCCGGUUGACGGAAUCCCCACCUCAACACGGCCCCUGCUUGAUUUCCGCAGGAAGGUGAAUAAAUGCUACAGAGGUCGUUCCUGCCCUAUUAUUGUUCACUGCAGUGACGGCACUGGCAGGACUGGCACAUACAUCCUCAUCGACAUGGUGCUGAACCGCAUGGCCAAAGGAGUGAAGGAGAUUGACAUUGCUGCCACACUGGAACACGUCAGAGACCAGAGACCCGGCCUGGUCAGCACCAAGGACCAGUUUGAAUUUGCACUGACGGCCGUUGCUGAGGAGGUGAAUGCCAUCUUGAAAGCCUUGCCGCAGUGAACAGCAGCACCGACUGUGACACACCCACCCAAAAAUGUUCUAAGACAGCCACACUCGCCAGCAGAUUCACUUGAAUGAAUCAGUCAUGCUAGGAUUUCAAUCAUUAAAGGUAUUUAAUUUCAUAAUAAAACGCUUGAUAAUAAAAGCUUUUAA